AUGGUGCAAGCGCUUCCCGUGCCCCUUUUCCUCGCUUAUGGCGAUCGUCGUCUCGAGCUGCUGACCAGCGCUGGCUAUGGUGGAAUUCGCCAACAGGCCGAGCAGUUGCUCUCUCUGCAUCCGGAAGCCUACGACCUCUACGACGCGCAUGGGAAGGUCGAAGAGGAGACCUUCGAGCGCUUCUUGGCGUGCUCCAAGGGCUUUUGCCUUCUGCAGCUGCGGGAGAAGCCAGAGUGGCAGAAGAUCCGAGAGAUCGAGGCUCGCCUCCAGAAGCUUGAAGAGCCUGAAAAGAAGGCGCCUCCCCAAGCAUCGUCAAAGGACUCGGACGUGGGGUUUGACAUUGAAGAACGGCUCCAGACCCUAGAGAAGCUGCUCCACGACGCGGCACAGCAGACCCAGUUCGAUGCCUUAGCGGCCACCGUGGCAGCUCUUGAAAGGGAGAUGACAGAACAUGCCGUUACGAGCUCUGCGUUGAAUGGUCAUCUGGAGUGCGGCCUUGCCACUGCACAAAAGGAGCUGGAAAGCCUUCGCAUGUAUGCCUCAGACCAGCUCAAGAGUCUGGAUGAUCGACUCGCUGAAUUCGCCGAGAGAUCCCUUGUCGAAAAGGUCGAACAGAUGGAGGCAGCCAUCACGGAACAGGCCAUCACAAGCUCAGUGCUGAAUGGUCACUUGGAGUGCGGCCUGACUACUGCACAGAAGGAGCUGAAGGGCUUGAGGGAGUUUACUUCCAAGCAGCUGGGUCUUCUCGAUGAACGCCUGGUGCAAUGCAAAGGAGACAUGGAUGUCCUCGAGGCAAACCUCGCUGAGCAAGCGGUGACCAACUCGGCAAUGAACGGUCACCUGGAAUGCGGUGUGCAAACAUCGAAGCAGGAGCUGCAAUCUCUCCGAGCCUAUGCCGCAGACCAGUUCAAGUUCCUGAACGAGCGCCUCGACAGCGAGAAGCCAACGGACAUCUGGUCCGACGGCUUCAAGAACCGCCUUGUGACCAAGCCGAGCCUCAAGAGCUUGAAGCCUCUAGCUCCGCUCGUAGGAAGCCAUCCGUGCUUGCAAGCUUCGAAGUCUCUGCCACAGUUGGCCCUGCGCUGA